AUGUCAGUCGCCAUUCCCCAAUCCAGACCUCAAUCCUCACUCGCCACUCGACCAAACAUGUUACCUAAAUCUUCCAAUACACAUUCCAGAAUUCAAGUACAACCUCGACCAUCCUCAUCCUCUUCAUCCUCUAAUCAACGACCAGUGAUGUCAAAGCCCAGCGGACCUCAAAUAGCUUCUAGGCCGCCUCCAUCAAAUGUCCAGUCUCAUACCCAUUCCAAUUUCAGAGGAAGCUCUGAUUCGACUUCGAGCUCAAGUUCGAAAUUAGUAUCCAAAGGAAAUUUGGCAAUGACACCUCCAAGUAUACCAUCACCGAGACCAACGAUAAUAUCUAGAAAUUCUUCAGUCGCUUCUACACCAGUCGCUAUACCCAUACCAUCCUCCUCCACCACUUCCAACUCUCAGAUGAACGCACCAUCAUCGAUAUCGGGAAAGGAUACUUCUUCAUCCGCAGGUAAAAUAUUCGCUAAACCAAGUAAAGAAUGGGUCCUUCCUGAAAGAGCUAAACCAGGUAGAAAAGUUAGUAUCGAGGAACCUGACAAUAAACGUCAAUCGCAAAACAGACUUUCACAAAGAGCACAUAGAGCUAGAAGAACAGACUAUAUUCAGACACUUGAAGAAAGAUUGAGACAAUAUGAAGCCAAUGAGAUCCAUUCAAAUGUCAGAUUACAAGAAGUAGCAAGAGCUUUAAAAGCAGAUAACGAAAGACUGAAAAAUGAACUUGAUAUCAUGAACAAACAAUCAACGGAUUUCAACAGUGAAAGAGAAUUAUGGGACUUGGAGAAGAAGAAUUACAAAGAUCUUUUGAACGGAUUGAAGAAUGAAAUUGACCUUUUGAAGAAACAAGGUUCAACAAGAUCAAUUGAAUCUACGAUUGUGAGAAUGGAAGUUGAUCAAGAUACAAUCGAUUCUUUAGUUCCUGGUCUAUCACCAAUAACAAGUAGAAGUAGAAGACCAACUUUAACUUCAACAACCUCUUUUUCAAUACCUUCUCGUCAACGAAAUAGCAUCUCGUAUCCAGUCGCACCGACUGAUAUACAAGUACCUCAAAAGAGAGAUUUGGUGGAUUGUCCAAUUUGUCCUAACCCAGAUCCUGAUUGUCCUUGUCAACAAGGUCCUUCAUCCGCAUCUACCUCCACUUCCAUCAUGCAUACCAAUCAAGCUAUAAGAAGGGAUAUCACCUUAGUCCAGCCUUCUACGUGCGGAUUAUGUCAUUCAACAGAUGAAUGUCUCUGUCGUGUAGUUGUUGACCGGGAAGAAGAAGAAGACGUUAAACCGAUCAUUUCAUCUUCGUCCCCUCGGAUCUCCUCUCCCACUAAAUCAUUCAAAGCACUAGACGAUGGAUGUGGAUUGUGUGCAGGAGGUGGAUUCUGCGCAUGUAGAGCUGCUUCCGAUACACCGAGCAAUAACUCCAAUUCAUCAGGAAUCAAUAAAGCCGUUUCUGCUUCGUCAACGACUCCCACUGUUGUCAGAGUGACUAGUUCAGCUGCUGCCAUGCCACUAAGGUUGAAGUCCAAGAGUUAUACAACAGGCAAACAGUCAAUAUGGACUUUGAACAACGUCACCACUACGACCGUCAACAUAUCACCCAAUGCAGAAGCUGUAUGUACCGGUGAUCCAGAUAAUUGCGAUGCGUGCAAAAAUGAUUCUUUCGGUCGAGAGUUCUGUCAACACCUGUUCGAAGAUUCUCAUCCGGAUGCAGUUGAAGGCACUGAAGGUUCUACAAAACCAAAAGGAUGCGGUAAUUGCUCAGGUCCAGGGGGAUGUAUGUCAAUCAAAUCAUUGAUUUCACCUACGCCGCAAGAGGUUGUUUCUUCUUCUUCUGUCCCUCUGAAGAGCAACAAGAUGAAUACUCCGUCUUAUCAACACGAUCAAUAUGACGAUGAACCUCAAGAGCAUCUGGGUUUGGCACCAAUUCAAAUGACGUGUUGUGGUAAUCCAGAACUAUGUGGCGGACAUCAUGGAGCUUCAACCUCAUGCACAGGUGAAAUCGUCUUGAACGGAUUAUCAUCGUCUUUCGGCGAUCACGAAGAUGAAGGUAAUGUCAGUGAGCAACAAUCGAGUCUGACAUCAAAUCUCAAAUCAAAUUUGGAGAUGAAUAGACCGAUGGUGCAUAUGCAUACCGAAUAUCAUCCGGAUGAUUAUCGAAAUCAUGAAGAUGACGACGACCAUACGAAAUUGAGACCUGAUCAAGCGUGGAAACAACUUAAGGCUCACCCAAAUGCGAAAUUUGCUUCUUUGGCAUUAUUAGCAGAUGUAGUAGCUAGACGUACUAAUGUACUGGGAUCGAUGAAUUCACCUUCUCCUGCGCCUUCCUCACCAUUAUCGUCAACGCAUCAUAAUCUGAACCCGAACCCGACUUCCCCGACAACGACAAUCAGCCAUAAACCAAUGAGUACUUCCUCGAACACCACGACUAGUGGGAUGGGAAGGAAAAGAGGUUUCGAUAUCGAAACUUCCGCUGUAAGGGAAGCCUUGAAAAUUUUAGAUAAAGCUACUCCUGUUGGUUCACCUGCUCCUGAAGGCGGGGAUGAGAGACAAGGCAAGAGAAGGAGGGUUUAA